GUGGAAUGAAUUAUUAUUCUUCAUUUCCAAUUUCCAUUCCAUUCUCCUUCAUUUCAUUUGCAUUGAAAUAAAAUUGGUCUUUAGCCGCUACAUUAUCGCGAUGAAUAAUCCUUUAUUUGUAUAAACUUUCUUUUAGAAUAUAAUAAAAGUUUUUGAAAUAGUUCAUAUAUCAUAAAUGAUGGAUAUCGAUGAGUGUCUUAAGGAGUGGGAAGAUUUACUUGCGGAUUACAAACGCUUAGAGACGGUAAAUAAAGAUUAUGUAGCAAAGCUGGAAGAAGUUGGAGAAUUGCAGGCAUCAUGUUUGAAGGAACUGAACCACCAAAGAUACCGCAUGUCAAUAAUAAAUGGUGCACUGAAAAGGAUGGAAAAGAAAGGUGUAACGAAAGACGAACGCGUGGCAAACUUAGAAAAGGAAAUUAUGAAAAGGAAAGCAAUGCUACACGAAAUUGAGACGACACUCCCAAAACAAAACGGUCUAUACCUGAGAAUCAUACUAGGCAACGUCAAUGUGUCCAUUCUUAAUAAAAACGACAAAUUUAAGUAUAAGGAUGAAUAUGAAAAAUUUAAGCUAAUCCUCAGCGCAAUCGCGUUCGUCCUUGCUGUUGCCAACUUAUUUAUAGAUUUUAGGCCAUUACAACUGAUACUGAUAUUCCUCCUGGUAUGGUACUACUGCACGCUAACGAUUAGGGAGAGCAUCCUGAAGGUGAACGGCUCCCGCAUCAAGGGCUGGUGGCGGUUACACCACUUCAUCUCCACAGUGGUAGCCGGGAUCCUGCUCAUUUGGCCGCAGAACGAGCCGUGGGACGAGUUCAGGCAUACAUUCAUGUGGUUUAUUGCUUAUAUAAGUGUAGUACAAUACAUGCAGUUUAGAUACCAAAGCGGCGUCCUAUACAGGCUGAAAGCCUUAGGCGCUAGACAUAACAUGGACAUCACGAUCGAAGGCUUCCACUCGUGGAUGUGGCGCGGCCUUUCCUAUCUGUUGCCAUUCCUAUUCGGAGGCUAUGUGUUCCAGCUUUACAUUGCCUAUACGCUGUACCAUAUUAGCUAUCACCCCGAGGCCACUUGGCAGGUGGCAGCGUUAAGUUUUUCGUUCCUGCUAAUCGGCAUCGGAAACACGGCGACGACUCUCAUAGUGAUCCCACAGAAGCUCAGCGAACAGGUCUCGUACCUGGCGGUUUUGUUUCUUAUUUUGCACUCCUGCAACAUGUACACGAUACUCCGAACGUUGCGCAAGAAAAUGCAGGGCGAACGGAAACUGAUCUACAAAUUGCGCGCAAUUGCUCAUCGCCUCACCGUCUUGGAUCAAAAAUGGAGGCAGAAUAAAGUGGAAGCAAAAACUUCGUAAGAAUGGUGGUGGUUAGAGCAUGAGACUAUCUGAUGAGAUAUUAAUCAUUUUCCCGAUUAAUCACUAUUAUAGAACUAUUUAUAUUUUCGUAUAACAUUUGGACUAUCUAUGGACUAUGUUAAAUGUAAUGUUGACGAUGUAAAUAUAUUUGGUUAAUGACAUUAAAAAUAAUAACAACUUC